CACGAUUUUUAUUUAUUUCUUGCGACACUGGUGAUCGAACCCUAAAAAUCCUGGUGCCGCCGUCACUGGUGCAUCUGAAAUUGUGCGACUUCAGUUUACUUUUGGUGGCGCUGGAGACCGAGCCGGGCACUGCCACGCUGGGCAAGUUCUCCGCCCCUAAUCCCCCAGGUCCUGGCUCGGGUGUGAGCCCCAAUCCCCUGACCUCGGACAUGGGGCUGGGAAACCCGGGUGCGGGGUCCCGGCCAAGUUGCACUCAGCCCCAGCUCUGUCCUCUCGCCCUCCACCCGGCGGCGCCGCUGCGCAGACGCCCCGGUCCCGCCUCCGCUGGGUAGAAAAGGUGCAGGAGCCGCCACUCUCCGCGGCAGGGCGGAACCUGGGCAGGAGCACCUGAGGAGCCAUGUCUGAGUUUUGGUUAAUUUCGGCCCCUGGAGAUAAGGAAAAUGUACAAGCACUGGAGCGGAUGAACACGGUCACCGCCAAGUCCAACCUGUCCCGCAACACCAAAUUCACUAUUCCGGACUUCAAGGUGGGAACCUUGGACUCCCUCGUUGGUCUCUCUGAUGAGCUGGGGAAACUAGAUGCUUUUGCUGAAAGCCUUAUAAAGCGAAUGGCGCAGAGUGUGGUGGACGUCAUGGAGGACUCCGAGGGCAAGGUGCAGGAGAACCUGCUGGCUAAUGGAGUUGACCUGACAUCCUUCGUGACCCACUUCGAAUGGGACAUGGCCAAGUACCCCACCAAGCAGCCGCUGGUGAGCGUGGUGGACACAGUGGCAAAGCAACUGGCGCAGAUCGACACUGACCUGAAGUCGAGGACAGCUGCCUACAAUGCACUGAAGACGGCACUGGAGAACCUGGAGCGGAGGUCCACGGGAAACCUCUUCACAAGGACGCUGAGUGACAUUGUGAGUAAGGAGGAUUUUGUGCUGGAUUCCGAGUACCUGGUCACCCUCCUCGUCAUCGUCCCCAAGACCAGCUACUCACAGUGGCAGAAGACAUAUGAGUCCCUUUCAGACAUGGUGGUUCCUCGGUCGACCAAAUUGAUUGCGGAGGACACCGAGGGCGGGCUCUUCACUGUGACGCUGUUCCGGAAAGUGAUUGAUGAUUUCAAGACCAAAGCCAAAGAGAACAAGUUCAUGGUCCGAGAAUUUUACUAUGAUGAGAAAGAAAUUAAGAGAGAGAGGGAAGAGAUGACCAGGCUGCUGUCAGACAGGAAGCAGCAGUAUCAAAAUUCCUGUGUUGCUCUUAAAAAGGGAUCAUCCAUCUACCGGGACCACAAGGUUAAGGGAGCCCCCCUAGGGAGCCCUGCUAGGCUCGCUGCGGGGCAGCCGGACAGAGAGAGAGAGAGUGAGGGCGAGGGCGAGGGCCCACUGCUGCGCUGGCUCAAGGUGAACUUCAGCGAGGCCUUUAUCGCCUGGAUCCACAUCAAGGCCCUCAGGGUGUUUGUAGAGUCUGUGCUCAGGUACGGGCUGCCAGUAAACUUCCAGGCUGUGCUCCUGCAGCCACAAAGGAAGUCGGCCACGAAGCGCUUGAGGGAGGUGCUGAACUCAGUCUUCCGACACCUGGAUGAGGUGGCAGCUGCGAGUACCCUGGAUGUAGGUCUCUGUGGAAAUCCCAGGGCUGCAGCUCAGCACCCAGGACUACUUCCCCUACGUGUACUUCCGCAUCGACCUGGGCCUCCUGGACUAGGACCCUCUGGCUUCCUGCAGGGCAGGUGGCACUAUGGCCAUGGUAGCUGCUGGCUCCAAACCCUGAGAUCCUGAUUCCCAUAGAUGGAAGUCAGACACUGUGUAUUUAUUUUUUUAAGUUAUAAUAAAA